UGGGCGUAUCUAUUUGACAGACAACAAUUUCAGCCAAUAAAGAUUCGAUCUGCUUCUCGUCGACGGUUGGGGGUGGAAUUUACCAACAUUUGUUAUGGAAGAUGUCAUUCGUGAGAGCUAUGAUAACUGCGUCAAAGUCGAAAGUAUUGAGCCUUGCUAGGGCAUCUACCAUUCUGAACAACUUCAAUGUGAGCCACCAGUUUCACCGACUUCCCCCAAACACCCAGCCAGCCCUGUAUUCAGCGGGGCUUCAGCGCUUCAGCAGCGCCUCAACCCAGGAGAAGCCAGCUGUGUCGGGUCCCUCUGAAGAUAAAGUACAACUCACAGAAUCAUGUAUAAAGAGACUAGAGCAAAUCAUGCAGAAGGGCGAGUAUCUGAGAAUACAUGUGGAGGGAGGAGGCUGCUCCGGGUUCCAGUACAAGUUUUCUGUUGAUGGUAAUAAGAAUGAAGAUGACAGAGUGUUUGAGCAGGGAGGAGUGGGCAUUGUCGUGGAUCAGGACAGCCUGGAGUUUUUGAAAGGAGCCACUGUGGACUUCAGCCAGGAGCUGAUCCGCGCCACCUUCCUCGUGCUCAAGAAUCCUCAAGCCGAUCAUGGCUGCUCCUGUGGCAGCUCAUUCUCUGUCAAACUAUGACCCUUCUUCCUUGCGUCAAUGUUACUUAAAGCACUGAUUCUCCAGUCUAUUUGGUACACUUGUACAAAAUACACUAAAAUAUUAUAGACUCAUCUAAAUAUAAUUUUUAACUAUAUAUUUUAACUAUUGGUUUCGUAGGUGUGAAACUACUUGAACUGAAUUGAACUGAAGAAGAGGUAUCAAUUAAUCAUUGUGCUAUAAGGCAGAUCGUGACAGUCAAUGCUAAUUGACAGCUUAGUUCACAAUAUUCAACUUUAAUCUGUCAUGUAUUCAAACAAAACAAAGGCUCAGUUGAGGGGUUUGAGUAUGCAGUGCUUAGAUUUAUUUUCUGUGUGUAAAAUAUGUAAAUAGACCAUAUCUAUGAUUGCAAAGACCUAAGCUAUAUUUGUUUUGCCUAAAAUAAAAUUGUGAGUGAAUUUCAGAUAUUUCAUUUCAAAUUA